AUGGCUGGCCUGAGACUUCGGGGGCUGGCAUCCUCCAAACUUUAUCAACGCCGGCAGGAUCGGUUAAGUGGCACAGGUAAUAUGUCUGAUGCUCUUGCAAAUGCAGUAUGUGAACGCUGCCAGACUCGAUUUGAUCCUGCAGAGAGGAUUGUGAACAGCAAUGGGGAGCUCUAUCAUGAAAACUGCUUUGUCUGUGCUCAGUGUUUUCGUCAGUUCCCAGAUGGACUUUUUUAUGAGUUUGAAGGUCGGAAGUACUGUGAGCAUGACUUUCAGAUGCUGUUUGCUCCUUGCUGCGGGGAAUGUGGUGAGUUCAUUAUUGGGCGUGUUAUCAAGGCAAUGAACAAUAACUGGCACCCAGAGUGUUUCCGCUGUGAGCUCUGCGAUGUAGCACUUGCUGACCUGGGUUUUGUGAAGAAUGCUGGCAGGCAUCUCUGCAGGCCAUGCCACAACCGUGAGAAAGCUAAGGGACUGGGCAAGUACAUCUGUCAGAAGUGCCACUUGAUAAUUGAUGAGCAGCCUCUGAUGUUUAGGAAUGAUUCCUACCAUCCGGAUCACUUCAACUGCACCCACUGUGGGAAGGAGCUGACUGCUGAGGCACGGGAACUGAAGGGAGAACUGUAUUGUCUGCCCUGCCAUGACAAGAUGGGAAUCCCCAUCUGUGGAGCCUGCCGCAGGCCCAUUGAGGGACGAGUGGUCAAUGCUCUGGGAAAGCAAUGGCAUGUCGAGCAUUUUGUUUGUGCCAAAUGUGAGAAGCCAUUCUUGGGGCACCGACACUACGAGAAAAAAGGACUGGCUUAUUGUGAAACUCACUAUAACCAGCUCUUUGGAGAUGUCUGCUACAACUGCAGCCACGUGAUAGAGGGAGAUGUGGUAUCAGCUCUUAACAAGGCCUGGUGUGUGAAUUGCUUCUCCUGCUCCACCUGCAACAUCAAGCUUACACUGAAGAACAAGUUUGUGGAGUUUGACAUGAAGCCUGUGUGCAAGAAGUGCUAUGAGAAAUUCCCCCUGGAGCUGAAGAAACGCCUGAAGAAGUUGUCAGAGCUAGCAUCCAAGAAGGCACAUCCCAAAGCUCUGGAUUUAAACUCUGCUUAACAGGUCUGUCAGUCUGCUGACUGCACUCUUAUAGUCAUAAGCUGCUGCUCACAGCAGCUGUUGAUUACAGAGGCAAUUACUAAGAACAGGUGAAACCAAAGAUAAGUAGUGCCUUCCCAUGCUUCUGGUAAUGUAGCUUGCAUCUUGGCUAUCCCUUUUCUCAAGCAAUUAUCUAUUAACACUGGCAGAAAGAGGAAUAUGAUUUCUGCUUGAGCAGUUUACAGGCUGGCUAUUAAUUUGCUAAUAACAACUUCUUCUGCCUUUGUGGAA